AUGGCCAUGGCGGCGCCGUUUCUUGCGAUGGCGAACAACAUCGGCAGCGCCAGCGUCAACGCCACAGGUGGCGACGGCAACGGUGAGGUCAAGCGGCGCCGAACCUCGUCCGAUGCCCUCCAGCGCACCGUGUCCCACGUCUCCUACGAACUCCACCACCACCACCACCAGCACGGCGGCGUCAACAAGCAGGAGAAGAAGGCGGCGGAACAGCAGCAGCAUCCGCCGCCGCUGCACCCCGUGCCUGAGGUGCAGGACGCCAAGUGCGAGUGCUGCGGCAUGUCGGAGGAGUGCACGCCCGAGUACAUCCGCGGCGUGCGCGGCAGGUUCGCGGGGCGCUGGGUCUGCGGCCUGUGCGCGGAGGCCGUGACGGAGGAGGCCGAGAAGAAGAAGGGCAGCGGGACGACGCUGACGCUGGAGGAGGCGCUCAAGGCGCACAUGGGCGUGUGCAAGCGCUUCAACGGCUUCGGGCGGACGCACCCGGUGCUGUUCCAGGCCGAGGCCAUGCGGGAGAUCCUCAGGCGCCGUGCCAAGCUCGGCCCCAGGUCCAGGUCCAGCAUCAACCCCAGGGAGGUCAGGGAAGUCGCCACCAAGGCCGGCAGCGGCGGCGGCACUGGGAUUGCGCGCAGCUCCAGCUGCACGCCCUUCAUCACCGACGACUUCGACGACGACCGGGCGCCGUCGUCGAGCAACAAAAACUGA